UCAAUUCCAAACAUCUAAUUUAUUCUUAAGAAAAUUAAUAUAUUUUGUGUUUAUUUUUAAAUCUUAAUUGUAUUUUUAGUUUGAGAAUAUCUAAAAAAUUACUGUAAGGUAUAUAAUUAAGUGUAUAACUUGUCUCAAUAUCGUUUAGUAUUUUUCUCUUUGAAAGUACUUAGUAGUUGGUGAAUAGUUAUAAGUGUUUUAUAGUUUGAAGCAUUGAUUUUGAAGUUAUAAAAUAUUAUAUACACUAUGUCUCCACCAACUAUAAGGUCAUCUCAAGGAAAUGCAGCUAGUCAAACACAAGGGCCUCAAUAUGCUAAAGUAUUUGUUCAACGAGACUAUUCAGAUGGCACAACUGUAAAAUUUAUGACAAGUUUUCCACAAGGACUUGAAAACAAGAUCGAGCGAUCGGUUUUUGAAUAUACAAUCAAUCAGUUGAAUACAUAUUUUGCCGAAGCUGAAAAAGCGUCAUGUAAGACUUACUGUGAAGGCUGUUUUGCAUGCUUCACCGUGUAUACAAUGUUUUUGUGUGCAGAUACACACUAUGAAAAAUGUUUACGCAAAGUUGGAAAAUUUAUAGUUGAACAGAAUGAAAUGGUUUAUUUACCAAGAGGUUUGCUGCUUACCAAUCCUGCUGAACGAGGGCUAAGAAUUAUUGAAAUAACUAUGUUAGAUCAACCUAUAGUAGCCAGAACAUGACUCACAUUAUCCGUUUCGACGGAAGAAUUCUUCAUGUGAAAAUUGGCGAAAAAUAUUUGUUGAGUGUAAUACAACUACUAUUACAAUAUUGAUGUCAUACAAACAAAAUGUCAACCUUUCAAUGGUAUUUCAUUUAAAUACUUUGAAUUUUGCAUUCUCAUGGUCUAUGAAAGAAAACUAUUGUUUUGUUAGUAUUAGUUAUUUUUGGUUUUGUGUGGAUUUGUUUAACUUUACUUACCUAA